AUGGCUAGACAGAACUUUGUGGGGCUAGUCGUAUCCCAAGGCCGAAUGAACAAGACCGUAAAAGUCAGGGUGCAGGGGAAAGUGUACGAUAGAAGAAUAGACAAGGAGGUGAUUCGAAGAAAAGAUUUUUUAGUUCAUGACGAAGGAAACAUUAGUAAAGAAGGUGAUGUUGUUCGUAUUGAAGCCAUCCCUAAAAUAUCCAAACGUAAAGCAUUUGCCAUUGCUGAAAUCAAAAUCAAUAAGGGUCAACAAUUUGCUCAAUAUGAGGAUCUAGCCAAACAAAGAAUCAAACAAGAAGAUGAAUUAGAAGCCAAAAAGUUUAUCGAAAAUAAAGAAAAAUUCAAGAGUAUAGUUACUCAACUUGAGGAUCUUAAAAGGUUGGAUCAGUUAAGUUAUCAAAUCACCAGUGGCGAUGAAGAAACUGAAGCCAAUUAUCAAAACCUAAUCAAUGAAGUCAAUUCCAUAAAGGCUAAAUAUAAUAUCAAAUCAUGGCCAUCAACGGACCCCAUAAUUGAUCUAGAGUUGAAUGAGCCUGUAUAUACUUCUGAAAUUGAAAAGAGAGUGUAUCAUAUGAAUGAUAUUUUGGACAAAGUUAUGAAUGAUUCAAAGUAUUCCGAGUUGAAAGUGAAGAUUUUGAGUGAUAAAUUUCAAAAUAGACCAAUUGAUGAGAUACAAAGGAGUGUUCAAAAGAAUGUGUUGAGAAAGUACUUUAUGCAUGAGAAAAAUGAAUUGCCAUUUGCAAUAUAA